AUGGCUGCCGAUGGUCCCAAACCCGGCUUCUUGGGCAACCUCAACAGGGAUCAGGAAGCCAAGUUACAAAGCCUUUGGUCAGUCCUACUCAAGGUAGCUCAAAUAUCCCUAACCAACGAACCUAUCAAUGGCUUCUCCGAGGAGCCUUGGAGUCCAAUCCAACCCCAGAGAAGGUUGUCGCUUCUUGGCCGUACACAGAGCAAUGUCUCUGAAAACCCCAUGCCGAUCCCGAAUACACCAUAUCACCAAAGCAUUAUGAAAUGCCUAGGAGAAAUGGGGGCUGGUGUGGCUGAAUCCAAUGCAAUCAAGAAGGCCCUCUCGGAGAUCACACCCAUUGAGCUUCGUACGGGGGUAUUUGACACUCUCAAACACGACCACCCCGAUGCCAUGCUUUUACGUUUCCUCCGAGCUCGCAAAUGGGAUGUGCCCAAGUCAUUUGCCAUGAUGAUGGAAGCGAUCGUUUGGCGAUUAAAGGAAAUGCACGUAGAUGAAGAUGUGAUGGCAAAGGGAGAGUUAUAUGCCCUCAAACAGACCCAAAACAAAUCCAGCAUAAGUGAAUGGAAAGCCGGAAAUGACUUCAUGUCUCAAAUGCGCAUGGGAAAGAGUUACGUGCAUGGUAUUGAUAGGGCUGGUCGCCCGAUUGUGGUGGUGAGAGUCCGCUUACACAAGCCUGGGGCUCAGAGUGAAGAAUCUUUGGAGCGACAUAUUGUCCAUCUGAUCGAAUCGGUCCGACUUACAAUGGCUCCUCCGGUUGAGACUGCAGCUGUGUUAUUUGAUAUGACCGGCUUUGGGCUGUCCAAUAUGGAAUAUCCACCUGUCAAAUUUAUUCUUAGAUGUUUCGAAGCUAAUUAUCCCGAAUGUUUGGGAAUUAUGCUUAUUCAUAAUGCCCCGCGGGCUUUCUCAGGUCAGUGGAUUAUUUUGACCGAGGCCAAGGAUACCACUGGCCUAUCUUGCUUCUUUUUUGGUUCUCUUGAAACUCAUCAUUUCUAUGUUUUAGGGAUUUGGCGACUUAUUCGAGGCUUGAUGGAUCCCGAAAUUGCAGCCAAGGUUGAAUUCACAAAUAGUGUCACCGACCUCGAGAAGUUCAUUCCCCGUGAUCAGAUCGCGGAAGAGAUGGGCGGCGACGAGAAAUGGUCAUAUAAAUACAUUGAGCCCAGUUUUACCGAAAACUCAAAGAUGGAUAAUACUACGAUACGGGACGCCCUGAAACGCGAGCGACAAGCUAUCGGUGAAGAGUUUUUGGCUGCUACGUCUGGGUGGAUCAAUGCAACUAAAUCAGAGGACGCGAUGAAGCUCCAUUCCAGCGAAAGCGAAAGAGCUUAUCUAGCUGAGCGACUGCGUGUCAAUUACUGGAAACUUGAUCCCUAUGCCCGGGCCCGUCUUCUCCUAGACCGAACAAACGUCAUUCAGGAUGGUGGCAAAGUUGAAUUUUAUCCUAAGACAGCUCCUAUGGACCGUGAUGUUGAAAUAACCAAGGCAUUGGACGUGAAACAUUUAGAGCGGGUUGGGGAUGCUGCCCUCGUCAUGCUAUCGUAG